AUGGGGAAUAUGAAUCAAUCAUUGGGCUCUCACUUCAUUCUGGUGGGCCUCUUCGGCCCCUCAGGGUCAAAUCAGCUACUCCUCUCCCUGGUGGCCGCCAUGUUUAUAGUGGGGCUUCUGGGCAACACCAUGCUGCUCUUCCUGAUACGCAUGGACUCCCGGCUCCACACACCCAUGUAUUUUCUGCUCAGUCAGCUCUCCCUGUUUGAUGUUGGCUUCCCCCUGAUCACCAUUCCCUCCUCCCUGCAGGGAGGAGGUUCCAUCUCCUUUGGGAGUUGUGCAGCUCAAAUAUUCUUCCUCACGCUGAUCGGUGUAGCUGAGGGCAUACUGUUGGCCCUCAUGUCCUAUGACCGUUAUGUUGCUGUGUGCCACCCGCUGCAGUAUCAUGUGCUCAUGAGGCGCCAGGUGCGCCUGCUCAUGGUGGGCUCCUCUUGGCUUGGAGGUGUGCUCAACGCCUCCAUCCAGACCUCUAUCACUUUGCACUUCCCCUACUGUGCCUCUCGCAUUGUGGACCACUUCUUCUGUGAGGUGCCAGCCUUGGUGAAACUCUCCUGUGCAGACACGUCUGCCUAUGAACUGGUGCUGUCCACCUCGGGGGUGCUGAUCCUGGUGCUUCCCCUUUCACUCAUUGCCACUUCCUACGGCCACGUGUUGGGGGCUGUUCUACGCAUGCGCUCAGAGGAGGCCCGAAAUAAGGCCUUUGCCACCUGCUCCUCGCACAUCACAGUAGUGGGACUCUUUUACGGCGCAGCCAUGUUCAUGUACAUGGUACCAGGCGCUUACCACAGUCCACACCAGGACAACGUGGUCUCCCUGUUCUAUAGCCUCAUCACCCCCGCACUCAACCCCCUCAUAUACAGUCUGAGGAACCGGGAAGUAGGGAUGGCUUUGGUCAAAGUGCUCAGCAGAGCUGGGCUCAGGUCAAAGUGA